CUCCCGUCAAAAAGCACAACAACAAGAAGCAAACGAAAUGAGUCCCAGCAUCACUGCCGAGGCCAACCAGCCUCUCCCUGCCAGGUCCACUGUGGCCCAGAGAAAACAAGCCAACGAACUGAGAAAGACUCUGAAACCCUUGUUGGAGAAGAGAAGACGCGCUCGUAUCAAUGACAGUCUCAGUCAUUUGAAGAGCCUGAUUCUGCCUCUUGUCGGCAAAGACAACGCACGCUACUCCAAGCUGGAGAAAGCUGAUAUUCUGGAAAUGACCGUCCGGUUCCUCAGAGACCUUCCUUCCACUCCAGUCAAAGAUUCCGCAGACAGUUACAGAGAAGGCUACAAAGCCUGCCUCCAGCGCGUCUCCGCUCUGCUUCCCAAAACCAGCCUGGAUCAAGACGCGUGCCAGCGGGUGAACGACUUCGUUCAGCAGUCCAUGUCCGCCACCGUCACCCCAACCUGCCUGAACUGCUGCGCCCAGAGCUCCAGAACUUUCCCUCAAAUCCAACAGAGACUCUUGAGCCUCAAAUCCAGCUUCAGCUCCAGAAUGGAGAGCCAGUCCCGCAGCAGCAGCAGCAGCAGCAGCAGCGGCGGCGGCGCAGUGGCUCCCAUUCGAGCACAGCCAGUUCCGCAGGCUGUCAGCGCUGCCAUGUGGAGACCUUGGUAGAUUAGAUGGACAUUUAUUUCAUGUGUGUUAUUUAUUUUUGUGAUGUUGUUUUUGCUAGUUGCAUUCCAAUAACUGUAGUCUUGGUGAUUUAAGAUGAAGAAGAGGGAGAAUAAUUCGAGCUGCUGUAUAAUAAUUUAAUUCAGCAUUUGGCUCAUUUUGCGUUUAAUGCCCGAGGGCACACGAGCACAGAUCUCAAAGAAACUGUAAAGUCUAUGUACUUAAAAAAAUGCAAUCCUCUUUGGGGUGUCAAAGAUAUGGGUUGUAGACAACACUUUUGUAAAACCCCAAGGGUUAUUUUGUUUGAGGUUUGCACGAUGGACUUAAAAGUAUUUUGGUCUGUGCAACAGAAUAGUCUGUAAACACUAUGUGUUAAAUAGGAUUAUAUAUUAUCCAUUGAUGGCAUGUAAGAGAGAGAAAAAAACAUGUUUUGUGAAACAAAUGUUUUGUCAUUGACGAAAGAUUUUCA